AUGACUACCAUGCACCUUGGGACCCUCAGCCCCACAGAGGACGAUAACAAGCUCAUCGACCUUAAGCAGGUGACUUUUCAAGUUACACCUGUCGAUACUGUAACUCCGUCGCUUACGCCGACCUCAUCACCUGAGGUAGAAACAAUGGCAGGCAAGAAGCUGUACUCACUGGAGAGGCCAGAUGACAAGGCAAAAGAGCUGGCUUCGAAGUUGACCCUAGAGGAACAGGUAUCGUUGCUUGCAGGUGCAGAUUUCUGGCGGACAGUGUCCAUGCCCGAGAAGGGCAUACCAUCGAUAAAGACGACAGACGGCCCUAAUGGUGCCCGAGGAGAGUUCUUCACUAAUGGCACACCCGCUGCUUUGUUCCCAUGUGGUAUUUCCAUGGCCUCGACAUGGAACCUAGAGAUGAUGGAAGAGAUGGGAAGGCACCUGGGAGAUGAGUGCAAGGCUCGCGGCGCAGAUGUUCUGCUUGCACCUACAAUCUGCAUGCACCGCUCCCCACUUGGUGGACGGAACUUCGAGUCCUAUUCCGAGGAUCCUUUUCUCACGGGGAAGCUUGCAGCUUCGUAUGUACGUGGCCUUCAAAGCAAGGGUAUCGCUGCGACUAUCAAACACUUUGUUGGUAACGAGCAGGAGACUGAACGCCAGGCUUAUGAUGCCAUCAUUGCAGAGAGACCACUCCGUGAGAUCUACCUCAAGCCAUUCGAGAUCGCCGUCCGCGAAGCAUCGCCGUGGGCACUCAUGAGCUCGUACAACAUGGUCAAUGGUGUACACGCCGAUGAAAGCGAACACACCAUCAAAGAAAUCUUGCGUGGGGAAUGGAGGUGGAACGGAGCAAUCAUCUCUGACUGGACGGGCACAUAUGCUACCGCACCUUCCAUAAAAGCUGGUGUUGAUGUCGAGAUGCCUGGUCCUUCCAAGUGGCGACAAUUCGAACAAGUCAAGGAGGCGCUUGAAAACGGUGAGCUGGAAGAAGAUGACAUUGAGAAGGCUGCUGCGAGAGUGCUUUACUUGGUGGACCGUACCAAAGGUCUGGGCAGUCAGACAGCAGAGGUCCCUGAACAAUCCAUCGACAACAUUGAGACACGGAACCUAAUCCUUCAAGCUGGUAUUGAAGGACUAACGUUGCUGAAGAACGAGAACAACGUACUACCGAUCAAGAACGCGAAGAAGGUUGCCCUCAUAGGACCAAACGUCAAGCGAUCGAUCGCAAACGGUGGGGGUAGCGCUGGCCUCAACCCUUACUAUCGAACAAGCCCGUGGGAUGGGAUGUGCAACCGAUUUGAUGGUGAGCUCACGUUCGCGCAAGGCUGUGAUAGCUCGAAGUGGCUGCCGCUCGCUACCCCAUACUGCACAGCUCCAGAAGGUCAGCAAGGUGUAAGGUUGGAAUACUACCGCGGAGACAGGUUUAAGGGCGAGCCAGCAGUAGUUCAGCACAAAGUCAGCACCGACCUGUGGCUCUGGGACUCAGCCCCCAUGGAAUUGUUGCCGGCAUUCUCGUUCAAGGUCAAAUCAAUCCUAACGCCUAAAUCAACCGGAAACCACAGCUUCAGCUUCGCCUCCGUGGGACCUGGGCGCAUGUACCUCGACGGACAGAUGUUCAUUGACAACUGGGAUUGGACAGAAGAGGGCGAAGCCAUGUUCUCCGCGUCCCAGGAUGUCCUCAAGUCUAUCCAUCUCACCGCCAACACUCCGGUCGAGAUCCUCAUUGAAUCUACCAGCGAAGUCCGCCCGGCUUCUAAAGUAUCAAUCAUCGGCCGCCGCCACGACUACGGGGGCUGCCGCAUCGGCUACCAGGAGGAGGACAAGAUUGACCGUCUCCAGGAGGCCGCAAAUACCGCGCGCGAUGCCGAUGUCGCCGUGCUCGUAGUUGGUCUUGAUGCAGAAUGGGAAUCCGAAGGCUAUGACCGGCAGACCAUGGACCUUCCCAAGGACGGUAGCCAAGAUCGCCUCAUCGAGGCAGUCAUUGCAGCAAACCCUCGCACCAUCGUCGUCAACCAAUCCGGAACACCGAUAUCGAUGCCCUGGUCGAGUAAAGCGCCCGCCAUCCUGCAAGCGUGGUAUCAAGGCCAGGAAGCUGGUAACGCGCUUGCAGAUGUCCUUCUCGGUAACGUAUCGCCGAGCGGGAAGCUGCCCACCACAUUUCCAGUGCGUAUAGAAGACAAUCCCGCGUUCCACAACUGGCCAGGCGAGAACCUGAAAACAGUGUAUGGCGAGGGCAUCUAUGUUGGAUACCGACAUUACGAGCGCUCCAAAAUCGCACCGCUCUUUCCCUUCGGCCACGGUCUGACAUACACUACCUUCUCCUACGGCGCGCCCACACUGUCAUCCAACGUGCUUACUGAAUCCACGAGUAUCUUGCUCAGUGUACCGAUCACAAACACAGGGUCCUUUGCAGCCCACGAAAUUGUUCAAGCUUAUGUGAGAGAUGUCCGAUCGAGCCUGCCGCGCCCGGAGAAGGAAUUGCAAGCAUUCGGCAAAGUGUUCCUGCAGCCUCGUGAGACCAAGAUGGUAGACAUGGAGCUGGACAAAUACUCUGUCGGAUACUUUGACACAAACCUGGGACAGACGGGUGCAUGGAUUGCUGAGGAGGGGUGGUUCGAGGUGCUGGUUGGCGCGAGUAGCGCUGAUAUCAGAUCAAAGGUUAGCUUUGAGGUGAAGGAAAGCUUCCAAUGGAUCUUCUAA